UAGUAAAGCUAGAAUCCCAGAUAUAAAUAAUAAAAGUUUCACGAGUAUGUCUAAUGACCAUUUAAGAAGUGAGAUUGCUAGACGUGCUAUAGCUGUCGUUGAAGCAUAUGAAGAACUUGGAACUGCAUGUAGAAAGGCUGAAUAUGCCGUUAGCCAACUUAAAGCAUUGCUACCUCCUGAUGCUAAUGUAGUUCUUCCUUCAGAUACCAGCAUACCGUCAUUUCCAUCACCUUUAUAUAAUAAACCACCUCAAAGUCUGGACGUACCUAUAUCAUAUGAUAAUAUAAAUGCAAAUACAACUGCAAGUGAAUUUAUAGAUAAG